UGCUAUCAUAUCUACUCUAGCUAGCUAAGCUAGUAGUCUACACUAUACUAUAGCACUGCAGCACACACGCACAGUUAUAUAUAUAUAUAGCCAUAGUCUAUUGCUUGCUCGCUGCUAGGAUAUAUAGAGGUGAGCUAGCUAGCUAGCAGAAUCAAGCUGUGUGAAGUGAACAAUGGAGGAUGACAAGAAGGAGGGCAAGUACCGCGGCGUGCGGAAGCGGCCGUGGGGAAAGUUCGCCGCGGAGAUCCGGGACCCGGAGCGCGGCGGCUCCCGCGUCUGGCUCGGCACCUUCGACACCGCCGAGGAGGCCGCCAGGGCCUACGACCGCGCCGCAUUCGCCAUGAAGGGAGCCACGGCCGUGCUCAACUUCCCAGCAGGGGCUGCCGGCGGCCGAGAGACCGGCGGCGGCGGCGGCUCCUCGUCCACGUCGGCUCCGGCGGCCAUGGGUGGUGGCGCCAGCAGGGGGAGGGCGCCCCGGCCUGUUCCUGACUCGGAGAAGUUGGAGCUGGAGUGCCUCGACGACAGGGUCUUGGAGGAGAUGCUCGCCGAGGACAAGUACAACAAAAACUACUGAUCAUCGUACGUGAUCAAUGAUGAUGAUGAUACGGCAACGUACUCCUACAUGGUAGCCACCGCUACACGCUGCUCUUCGAUCGAGCUGCUUCCAGUAAAAGCAGGAAACAACAAUUAUAUAUUUAGUUAUAUACUACUCAAUACCGAAAGAUUAAGAUUUAAGAAUACCACCACCCUCUCCUGUUCAUCUCGGUGCCUGUGCCCUGGAGCAUGGACAUAUAUACGGAGUACCUACUACCGGGCCAUGACUUGCAUGCAUGAACACAUACGUGUACACCCUAAACAGCUUACGUACACGUCAUUGUUCCAGCAAGCUAGACCAUUGCAGCGUGUGCUCGAAUGUCGUCACCACGAAGACCGAAGUAUAGACCAUGGUGCAUGCAUGCGGUUCAGCGCUUACACAUGCAUAUACAGCUGUAUACAAUGCUACUGCAUUUACAUAAAUCUAUAUAAGAUUAUGCAUAUUUACUUAGCCAUUUUCUCUCGAAAAUGAAUGAAAUAUAUGUGCAUAUGAUCAUACACCUAAAAAAUGUUGUUUCUUAAAACAAUAGUCCAAUCGUCCUCUCAUUGGUG